AUGGCCGCACUCGAGGCCCGGACAAAUAAUGACUGUAGUGAAGCCCUGCUGGACCGAACCGAGUCCACUGUGAUGGAAGUGACCAGUGAGCGACAAGAGGAUGUGAAUACAGGAGAAUUCUCGGCGGAGGACAAGGCCACAGUGCAGACCCCGGACCCCAAUGUGAACGGGCUGACUCUGAGCACGGCCGGGGGACGGGUGCUGCGGGACCGCUCUACUAGGACGGUCCCUGCGUGGCUGAAAGAGGCGAAAAGUGAAGAGGAAAAUGAUGAAGUGUUGAGCACGGACACUGCGGCACUCAAGCGGCGCAAAGUAUCAAAUGGAAAGAGAAAGAAGCUGACUGAAUGUGCACAAGAAGUAGCACUCACUGGUGACCUGCCACAAACCUCAGAGUCACAGGAUCAGAAAAGCUUCACAGAUGCGCCAGCUCCUCCUUCUCAGAAACCUUCAACUCAGACCCGAGCCAAGCCUGGCCGGGCAAUUCGUGGAGCUAAUGUUAAGCUUGUAUGCAAGACUGAGCCCACAACAGAAGGACCUGUAGUGGAUGAAGUGAAUAAGUUUGAAGUUAAGAAGAAAGAGGAGGAAGGCAGUGACGUCAGCCAAGAUGAAAUAGACAAAGAGCCACAAUUUGAGGAUUUGACAAAUGUCAGUAAUGAAGAUGAAGAAGCUGACAGCAGUGAGGAAGAUGUUCCCUUCAGAGACGAUCUUAACGACCAGAGCUAUGAUCCAAAAGAAGAAAGGGAAUGCCCAAAGCCGAAGCGCCGGCUUCCUCCAAGACAAAGGGAAAAGCAGGACAAAGAACCCGAUAAAUGUCCCAAAGCAGAGAAGGAGAUAAAAAAGGAGGGAACAGACAUUUUAGAAAGUGCAGAUGAUGAAGUCAAAGUUGAGGAAAAAAAUGUGGAGGAAGCAGGGGGUUCAAGGAAGAGAGGCAGAAGGAAAAAAGAUGACAAAACUCCACGCCUUCCGAAACGACGGAAAAAGCCUCCCGUUCAGUAUGUCCGUUGUGAGAUGGAGGGCUGUGGCACAGUCUUGGCACAUCCACGUUACUUACAGCAUCAUAUUAAGUACCAGCAUUUGUUAAAGAAGAAGUACGUAUGUCCACACCCAUCAUGUGGAAGGUUGUUCAGACUGCAAAAGCAGCUGCUGCGUCACGCUAAGCACCACACUGAUCAGAGAGAUUACAUCUGUGAAUACUGUGCACGUGCGUUCAAGAGCUCACACAAUCUCGCAGUGCAUCGCAUGAUCCACACAGGAGAAAAACCUCUCCAGUGUGAGAUCUGUGGCUUUACGUGCCGGCAAAAAGCGUCACUAAACUGGCACAUGAAAAAGCAUGACGCCGAUGCAACUUACCAGUUUUCCUGCUCUAUUUGUGGUAAGAAGUUUGAGAAGAAAGACUGUGUUGUGGCCCACAAGGCUAAGAGUCAUCCAGAAGUUCUAAUAGCAGAGGCCCUUGCAGCCAAUGCAGAUGGUAUUAUCACAACCCCAGCUUCUUUACUGGAACUACAAGGAAUUCCAACACCAACAGAGCUGGGACAAAUAGUAGCUGACAGUCGGGAAGCCGCAGCUGAAGGCCACAUAGAACACAUGGCCCAUCAAGUGGGUCAUCAGACCCCCCUUCCCCUGCUCAAACUCACCUGCAGCUUCAGGUACCUGUGCAGUUUGUGCAGGGCCCUCCGCAGCCUUUGCCAAGUGCAGCAACACGACAGCAGCCUCUGUUCCCCUCUCAGCAGAGCGCUCCACAAGCACAAAUUCUACAGAUGA